AUGUCUUCCAAGCAUGCCUGGAAAGUCGAGUUGAUACCGUGGGAUUAUACCUCCGAGGAGCAUGUCACCCGCAUGUACGACCAGCGCGUGGCUUAUGGUUGGAGAGCCGUCGAGGUUCCAUCAUGGGCUGAGUCUGCCAAGAAAGGGGGAAGAAUUACCCAAAGGCACGACGGGCCCUCUCAUGCUUUGAGUGUACUUGAGUAUGUUGACGAAUCAUCUCCGCUCCGUGAUACGGCCCCAGAGAUCCGCCUGGUCCAGCGGAAGCCAAGCAACAAGCGAUUCAUUCCCAUUGGGCAUGUGGCCCUUGAUGUCCACUCACCCGAGGAAGAUGCGAAAUUCGGCCUACCGCCGCGGGAAGUGGUGUGGGUACAUUCGCUCUAUAUUUCAUACCAACUCCACAACGGCGGAUUCGGCGCAGCCACCAUGGACAGCCUCGAGGCCCUUGCAGCAAAGGAACCGAUUAACGCCAAAUAUAUAGUCCUAGAUACUCUUUCUAAAGAUGCUAAGAUCCCCGAUGAUGUCCUCAAGGCUCUAUAUGCGGAUAGGGGUCUUCCAGAACGAAAGGUCUCGAAUGAGGACUGGUAUACACGACGCGGUUAUAAGCGAUUUCAUGUUGAGGAGAAGGCUGCUGUACACAUACAUGAGGACGGUCACACCACUAACCUUGAUCUUGCUUAUUUGAGCAAGCGGAUUGAUUGA